AGGGGUAAAGGUCGUCCCGGCAGAGACUGCCACCAGCACAGGCUACUCAGAGGGUCCCGGUCGCCAGCCGGGCUUAGACUCUCCCGCUGGCCCCAAGAUGGGGUCUUGGGUCCUGCUGCUGCCGCUGCUCACAGCCGUAGCCCAGGCCCAGGUUUGCUCUGUGGACAAUACCUUCUUUGAAGUCCAGGAGAAUACGGAGCCUAGUGGGCCCUUGGUGGACAUCAAUGUCCCUGAGGGCCAGCGCGUGACCCUCGGACCCUCAUCCACCCCCUUCGCAUUUCGGAUCGAGGGCACCCAGCUCUUUCUCAAUGUGACUCCUGACUAUGAGGAGAACACAAUACUGCAGGCACACCUGGAAUGCAGAAGGGGUGACACCGUGGUGACCCAGCUGCGGGUAUUCGUGUCCGUGUUGGACGUCAACGACAACCCCCCUGUGUUCCCCUUUGAGGUCAAGGUCGAGAGGGUGCCGGAGGACACUAAAGUGCACACCACGGUCAUCCCUGAGAAGGACCUGGAGGCCCAGGACCGCGACAAAGACAACAUCUUGUUCUACACCCUCCAGGAAGUGACCCCGGGGGCCAAGAGCUUCUUCUCCUUGGUGGGUGCAAACCGCCCUGCCCUGCGGCUGGAUCGGCCACUGGACUUCGACAAAUGGCCGCACAUGACCUUCCAGCUGCUGGUGCGGGACACCCGGGAGGAGAACGAGGUGCCCAGCCACACGGACAACGCCACUUUGGUCCUGGAGGUGCAGCCGGCCGACCUGCGGCCUCCCUGGUUCCUGCCCUGCAUCUACUCUGACAAUUAUGUCUGCGUCCACGCCGAGUAUCGUGGGGCUAUCCCCACAGGCCACAAACUGCUGGGCCCCCUCAUCCUGCAGCCUGGGCCCGUCUACGCUGUGGACGGGGAUCGGGGCAUCAACCAGCGCAUCAUCUACAGCUUCCUGGCGGGACACGAAGAAGGCAAUUUCGUCAUCAACGCUGACUCCGGCAACCUCACCAUGACCAGAAGCGUCCCCAGUCCCAAGACCUUCGUUUUUCUAGUCAAAGGCGAGCAGGCAGACCACGCCAGAUACUCGGUGACGAAGGUCACGGUGGAGGCCCGAAAUGCCUCAGGGAGCCUCCCCCGUUUCCCAUUGAGCCUGUACCGAGGCACAGUGGCUCUGGGCUCAGGCGUGGGCGUGGCUGUCAAGGACGCAGCUGUCCCCUCCCAGCUUCUGAGGAUCCGAGCCCAGGACCCCGAGUUCCCGGACCUCAACUCAGCGAUCACAUAUAAAAUCACCAACAACUCCAACUUCCGAAUGAAUGGGGAGGCUGUGCUGACGGCCGCCCCGCUGGCGCUGGCGGGGGUCUUCUACGCGGAGGUUCAGGCCAACAACACGGUGACAUCAGGCACAGCGUCCACCGUCGUGGAGAUUCAAGUGUUGGAGCAGGAGACCACCCCCACAGGCCCCCCUGUCCCCCCCACAGCCCCAGAGGCUGGAGGAACAACCCGGCCCUCAAGCAGCACCACUUCGGAAGCCCCCAGCCCCCCAGGGCCUACUCAGGGAUCCUCCACGACCAGCUCUGAGGGGGGCACUGGUCCGCGCCCCACCCCAGGCACAACUCUGAGGCCACCUGCCUCGUCCACGCCUGGGGGGACCCCCGGUGCUGGGACCAGCACCUCUCCCCCAUCAGCCUCACCCAGCGGGGGCUCAACACAGACCCCGAAGCCAGGAACCUCUCGGCCGACGUCCCUUGCAUCUAGCAGGACCCCCCAGCUCCCAGGUUCGCCGGGGACAGGAGGCGUCACUGGGGGGAUUGACCAGCCAGGUGGCAGCCAUGCUGAGGACCAGCGCUUCUCACAAGCAGAGAUGGGGGCCCUGGGAGGGGUUCUGGGCGGGCUGUUGCUCCUGGCUUUGCUGGCCCUGCUCAUCCUCAUCCACAAGCACUAUGGCCCCCAGCUGCCCUGCUGCUCUGGCAAAGCUCUGGAGCCCAGCGGCUUUGACAACAAGGCCUUCGUCCCCGACAACGAGGCCAACUGGGCGCCAGCCCCCAGCCCCGCCCCCGACUGCACCCUGCCCGCGGACCCGCCGGCGUCCCCGCUUCCCGCGCCUCCCACGCCCCCCAGCCCCCCGCGCCCCGGCCGCGUCCCCGAGUCCCCCGCGGCAGCCCGGGAUGGAGGCGGGCCCGAAGGCGUGAGGUCCAUCCUGACGAAGGAGCGGCGGCCUGAGGGCGGCUACAAGGCUGUGUGGUUCGGCGAGGACAUCGGGGCCGAGGCCGACGUGGUGGUCCUCAACACGCCCGCCUCGGACGCGGACGGCGCCGGCGACUCCGGCAGCGAGGGCAGCGGCGACGAGGACGCCGAUGCGGACCUGGGCGGGGGUCCCCACGACGACGCGCCCAGCGCCGACUCUACCUUCAUGUAGUGCCCCCCCCCCGCCAUUGUGUAGAAUAAAGUGACAUUUCCGAAUCGCGGGCGAGGCGUC